AUGGAGGAAGAAGAAUAUGAAGAAGUUGUGGAGUACUACAUUGAAGAGACAAUUAUUGAGGAGGGUGAGCCACAUGAGGUAACAGUGCUCUUCCAGUCUGAUGCAAUGGUUUACUACUUGCACCCCAGGUUGGGUGAUGUACAGCAGGCAUACUGGGUAAUCCCAAUAAUCACUGAGAUCACUGAGACUGUUAGCACAGACUUCACAGGUCCUAAAACUACCACCUAUACUGUUGAGCAUGAAAAACCUUCGGUUGAGGAUGCAGCACCUCCAGUCAGAAAAAAGACCAUACGGACAAAAGUGGACCCAUCAAAGUUUUUGACACCUUAUCUGCAACACAGUAAUAAAAUGAAGGACCUAUUCAGUGAGAACAAGUACAAAGAAAAAUAUAGAAAAGAAAAAGGAAAGCCAUAUGCUUCCACAGUUGAUACCCCAGAAAUUCGGAGAAUCAAGAAAGUGCAAGACCAGCUCAGUGAGGUUAAAUACCGCAUGGCUGGUGCAGUUGCUAGAACUAUUUGCCACGUUGACGAAAAGGCCAAGGAUAUAGAACAUGCAAAGAAGGUGUCACAGCAAGUGAGCAAGGUGUUAUAUAAACAGAACUGGGAGGAGAAUAAGGACAAGUACCUGCUUCCCCCUGAUGCUCCGGAGCUUGUCAAUGCAAUAAAAAACACAGCAAUGUUCAGUAAGAAACUCUAUACCGAAGACUGGGAAGGAGACAAAACAUUAUUCUAUCCAUACAAUGACAGUCCAGAGCUCAGAAGGGUGGCACAGGCUCAAAAGGCUCUGAGUGAUAUUGUCUACAAAAAAGGGCACGAUGAACGAAAAUCUAAAUAUACUCCUCUGCCAGAUCCACCUGACGUGGAACAAGCCAAGAAAGUGACAAGGCAGCUGAGUGACAUUAUUUACCAUGAGGACUAUAAAAACAAGAUCAAAGGCAAGUGGAGUCAAACUCCAUGCUAUGAUGUUGCAGUUGCAAAGAUGAAUGCGGAAAAUAUAAGCAUGAGAAAAUACCAGGAAGACUUUGAAAACAUGAAAGACCAAAUCUACUUUAUGCAGACUGAAACUCCAGAAUAUGAAGCUAAUAAGCGAGUUUCGGAUAAUGUCAGUAAGAUAAAAUACAGAGCAGACUAUGAAAAGAACAAAGCUAUUGCAGAUUAUAAUGUGCUUCCUGCUACAGAGAACCCAUUGCUGAGGCAAUUAAAAGCUGCAGGAAAUGUGCUGAGUGAUAAAUUAUACAAAGAAGCCUAUGAACAAUCAAAAGGAACCAGCAUGAAUUACUGUGACACACCAAAGUUCCAGACUGAUACUGUUCUGAAGAAUUUUAGUGAUGUAAAAUAUAAAGAUGCAUAUCAAAAGAAUAUUUUAGGACACUAUUUGGGCAGCUUUGAGGACCCACAUCAUACACACUGCAUGAAAGUUGAAGCUAUGAAGAGCGAUAAAAAUUACAAAGCAGAUUAUGAGGAGGAGAAGACAAAAUGCUACUUCCCUCAGACCAUAACUCAAGAGUACGAAGCUAUUAAGAAGUUAGAUCAGUGUAAAGAUCACACCUACAAAAAGCAUCCUGAUCAAACCAAAUUUACUCAAGUGACUGACUCUCCAGUACAGAAGCAAGCAGAGAUCAACAGCAAACAGCUGAGUGAUAUAAUGUAUAAGUCCAAAGGUGAAGAAAUUAUUCACAAGUACCACCUCCCUCCAGAUGUGCCCCAGUUUAUACAGGCUAAAGUUAAUGCCUACAAUAUUAGUGAUAACUAUUACAAAACGGGAUUGGAAGAAUUAAAAUCAAGGGGGUAUGAUCUCAAAAGUGAUGCUAUUCCUAUCCGAGCUGCCAAGGCUGCUAGGCAGGCUGCCAGUGAUGUUAACUAUAAAAAAGACUAUGAACUUGCCAAGGGUAAACUCAUUGGCUUCAAGAGCCUCCAAGAUGAUCCCAAACUCGUUCAUUAUAUGAAGGUAGCCAAGAUGCAGUCUGAGCGAGAGUACAAGAAAGAUUAUGAGAAAACAAAAACUAAGUACAACAUUCCACUGGAUAUGGUCAAUGUUGUUGGUGCCAAGAAGGCUCAAGAGAUAGCCAGCAAUGCUAAUUACAAGAACCUCCUACAUGACUAUACUUAUUUACCAGAUGCAAUGAAUGUGGAGCUGACCAAAAAUAUGAUGGAGAUUCAGAGUGAUAAUGCAUACAAAUCAGAUUAUAAUAACUGGAUGAAAGGCAUUGGUUGGAUCCCCAUUGGCUCCCUAGAAGUAGAAAAAGCUAAAAAAGCCGGAGAUGCCUUGAAUGAAAAGAAAUAUCGCCAGCAUCCGGACACCAUUAAAUUUACAAGUGUGGUGGACUCUCCAGUAAUGGUCCAAGCCAAACAGAAUUCAGUUCAACUCAAUGAGAAACUGUACAGAUCUUCUGGAGAGGAAGUUAAACAUAAAUAUACUCUUACCCCAGAUGUCCCACAGUUUAUCCAGGCUAGAUACAAUGCAGCUAACAUCAGUGAUGCAUAUUAUAAACAAGACUACCAUGAUCUAAUAGCUAAAGGGAACAAUGUGUCACUUGAUGCUAUUCCAAUUACUCGAGCCAAGGCUUCAAGAAACAUUGCCAGCGAUUAUAAAUAUAAAGAAGCAUAUGAAAAGGCUAAAGGAAAACAGGUUGGUUUCAGAAGCCUACAAGAUGACCCUAAGCUUGUCCACUACAUGAAUGUAGCAAAGAUUCAGUCUGAGCGUGAGUACAAGAAAGACUAUGAGAAGACCAAGACUAACUAUCAUACGCCUCCUGACAUGUACAGUAUCCAGGCUGCUAAGCAGUCUCAGGAUGUAGCUUCUAAUGCCCACUACAAAAACCUGAUCCAUCACUACACUUACCUGCCAGAUGCCAUGGAUGUUGAGCUUGCAAAGAACAUGAUGCAAAUUCAGAGUGAUAAUGCAUACAAACAAGAGUAUAACAGCUGGUUCAAGGGUAUCGGAUGGAGUCCUCUCGGUUCUCUGGAUGUUGAAAAAGCUAAGAAGGCUGGAGAUGCGUUAAAUGAAAAGAAAUAUCGUCAGCACCCAGACACCAUCAAAUUUACAAGUAUACCAGAUUCAAUACCAAUGGUUUUAGCUCAGCACAACACCAAGCAACUGAGUGAUGUAACAUAUAAGCAAGAGGGUGAAAAAGUAAAACACAAAUACACCCUGGAUCCCGAUGUUCCUCAGUUUAUUCAAGCCAGGGUCAACGCCUUCAAUUUGAGUGAUGCUAACUACAAAGCAGACUGGAAAAAAACCAUUGCCAAAGGAUAUGAUCUCAAACCAGACGCCAUUCCUAUUAUUGCUGCUAAAGCUUCUCGAAAUAUUGCAAGCGAUUACAAGUACAAGGAAUCAUAUGAGAAAGAAAAAGGCAAACAGGUUGGAUACCGUAGCCUGCAGGAUGAUCCUAAACUUGUUCAUUACAUGAAUGUGGCCAAAAUGCAGUCAGAUCGUGAAUACAAGAAGGAUUAUGAAGUCACCAAGACCAAAUAUCAUACUCCUUUGGAUAUGUUCAGCGUGACGGCUGCCAAGAAAGCCCAGGAAGUGGUUACAAACGCUGGCUAUAAACAGCUAAUUCACGAUUAUACGCUCUUGCCUGAUUCUGUGAAUCUGGAGCUAUCAAGAAAUGUGAUGCAGCUUCAGAGUGAUAAUGUGUACAAAGCAGACUUUAAUAACUGGUUGAGAGGAGUUGGCUGGAUACCAAUUCAGUCACUGGAUGUAGAAAAAGCCAAAAAAGCUACAGAGAUUCUCAGUGAAAAGAAAUAUCGCCAGCACCCAGACAAGCUGAAGUAUUCUAUUACAAUGGAUGCAAUGGAACAAGUGCUAGCUAAGCAAAAUGCCAAGACCAUGAAUAAGAGGCUCUACACUGAUAAAUGGAACAAAGAAAAGACCAGCAUUCAUGUUAUGCCAGAUACUCCAGAAAUUCUGCAGUCUAGAGUGAACCAGAUCACAAUGAGUAAUAAACUUUACAAAGCUGGAUGGGAGGAAGACAAGAAGAAAGGUUAUGACAUGCAGCCAGAUGCUAUUCCAAUAAAAGCAGCCAAAGCCUCCAGAGACAUUGCAAGUGAUUAUAAAUACAAACUAGCCUAUGAAAAAGAGAAAGGAAAGCAUAUUGGGUUCCGCAGCCUUGAAGACGACCCCAAGCUGGUGCACUUCAUGCAGGUGGCAAAGAUGCAAUCUGAUCGGGAGUACAAAAAAGAUUAUGAGAAGGCAAAGACUAAUUUCCAUACUCCAGUUGACAUGGUCAGUGUUGUGGCAGCCAAGAAAGCACAGGAAGUGGCUACAAACGCAAACUACAAAAACCUGAUCCAUACCUACAAUGUUUUGCCUGAUGCUAUGAGUCUUGAAUUAGCCAAAAACAUGAUGCAGAUACAGAGCGAUAAUCAAUACCGAGCAGAGUAUGAUGAAAGUAUGAAGGGUGUUGGAUGGAUGCCACUGGGCUCCCUGGAAGCUGAGAAGAACAAAAAAGCGAUGGAAAUUGUUAGUGAAAAGAAGUAUCGCCAGCAUCCAGACAAGUUGAAGUAUUCUGUUCCUAUGGACUCCAUGAACAUGGUCUUAGCUUUAAAUAAUGCUAAAAUCAUGGAUGAGCACAAGUACAAACAAGCAUGGGAAGAAGACAAAAAGAAAGUUCACAUCACACCAGAUAUUCCACAGAUUGCUUUAGCAAAAGUUAAUGCAUUUAAUUUAAGUGAUAAAAUGUACAGACUUUCAUUUGAAGAAUCUAGGAAGAAAGGGUAUGACCUCAGAGCUGAUGCUAUCCCUAUUAAAGCAGCUAAAGCUUCUAGGGAUAUUGCUAGUGAUUAUAAAUACAAAUUAGGUUAUGAACAAGACAAGGGAAAACUUGUAGGCUUCCGCAGCCUUCAGGAUGAUCCCAAACUUGUCCAUUAUAUGCAAGUGGCUAAGAUGCAGUCUGAUCGUGAAUACAAGAAAGCUUAUGAGAUGAGCAAGACGCAUUACCAAACGCCAUCUGAUACACUCAGCAUUGUGGCAGCAAAGGAGGCACAGGACCGUGUAACCAAUACCAACUACAAACGACUGAUUCACCAGUAUAUGCUUCUACCAGAUGCAAUGAGUUUAGAACUCUACAGAAACAUGAAUCAGAUACAAAGUGAUAAUGAGUACAAGCAGGAUUACAAUGAGUGGUUCAAGGGUAUCGGCUGGAGUCCCGCUGGUUCUCUGGAUGUGGAGAAAUCUAAGAAAGCCACAGAAAUUGCAAGUGAUCGGAAAUACCGCCAGCAUCCCAGCAUGUUCCCCUUUACAAAACAGAAUGAUGCCAUGGACAUGGUCCUUGCCAAGCAGAAUGCAAAUAUAAUGAACAAACAUGCUUAUACUCAAGCUUGGGAGAAGGAUAAAAUUCAGGUUCACGUGAUGCCAGAUACACCAGAUAUUCUACAGGCAAAACAGAACAAGGCGAACUACAGUCAGAAACUAUACAAGCUUGGCUGGGAGGAAAUGAUAAAGAAAGGCUAUGACCUCACACCUGAAGCCAUUUCAGUGAAAGCUGCCAAAGCUUCAAGGGACAUUGCAAGUGAUUACAAGUACAAAGAAGGUUACCGCAAGCAGCAGGGGCAUCACAUUGGAUUCCGCAGCUUACAGGAUGAUCCUAAGAUGUUGUGGUCUAUGCAAGUAGCUAAGAUGCAGAGUGAGAGGGAGUACAAGAAAGAUUUUGAGAAGUGGAAGACGAAGUUUAAUAUGCCUGUGGAUAUGUUAGGCUUCCUUCUGGCUAAGAAAUGCCAGGAAUUGGUUAGUGAUAUAGACUACAAACGGAUGCUACACCGCUGGACUUGCCUGCCAGACCAGAAUGAUGUCACCCAGGCAAAGAGGGUCUACGAACUACAGAGUGAUAAUCUGUAUAAGUCAGAUCUACAAUGGCUCAGAGGCCUUGGAUGGAGUCCUUUGGGAUCUUUGGAAUCUGAGAAGAACAAGAAAGCUUCUGAAAUACUGAGUGAAAAGAAGUACCGGCAGCACCCAGAUACCAUUAAGUUCACAAGUAUCCCAGAUGCCAUGGAUAUCGUUUUAGCAAAAUCUAAUGCCAAAAACAGAAGUGAUAUAUUGUACAGAGAAGCUUGGGACAAGGACAAGACUCAGGUUCACAUCAUGCCUGAUACUCCUGAAAUUUUGCUGGCUAAAUCAAACCUAAUUAACACAAGUGAUAAACAUUACAAGUUAGGGUAUGAAGAACUGAAGAGGAAAGGCUACGAUCUUCCUCCUGAUGCUAUACCCCUCAAGUCAGCAAAGGCAUCCAGAGACAUAGCUAGUGAAUACCAAUACAAAACUGCAUACCGAAAGCAGCUUGGCCACCACAUAGGGGCCCGUAACAUAGAGGACGAUCCAAAGAUGAUGUGGUCGAUGCACGUAGCCAAGAUCCAGAGCGACAGGGAGUACAAGAAAGCCUUUGAGAAGACAAAGACGCACUUCAGUAGCCCAGUGGACAUGCUGGGAAUCGUGUUGGCCAAGAAAUGUCAGGAGCUGGUCAGCGACAUUGAUUACAAGCACCCUCUGCAUCGUUGGACCUGUCUGCCGGACCAGAACGAUGUUGUACAAGCCAGGAAAGUGUACGACCUUCAGAGUGAUAAUGUGUACAAGUCGGACCUUAACUGGCUGAGGGGCAUUGGCUGGUCCCCAAGUGGUUCUCUGGACGAUGAGAAGAAUAAGAGGGCGAGCCUCAUCCUGAGCGACAAGAAGUAUCGGCAACACCCGGACACCAUCAAAUUCACGAGCCUCCCUGACUCGAUGCCCAUGGUUCUGGCGAAGCACAACUCUGAAAUAAUGAACCAACGCUCGUACAUAUCGGCCUGGGAGAAGGACAAAACCAGCGUGCACAUUAUGCCGGAUACGCCUGGCAUUUUGCUAGCCCAGCAGAACAGAGUGAACUUCAGUGAGAAACUGUACAAGCUUGCGAUGGAGGAAGAUAAGAAAAAGGGCUACGACAUGCGGGCAGACGCCAUUCCCAUCAAGUCUGCCAAAGCUUCCAGAGACAUUGCAAGUGAUUACAAGUAUAAAGAAGGCUAUCGCAAGCAGCUUGGCCACCACAUAGGGGCCCGUAACAUAGAGGACGAUCCAAAGAUGAUGUGGUCGAUGCACGUAGCCAAGAUCCAGAGCGACAGGGAGUACAAGAAAGCCUUUGAGAAGACAAAGACGCACUUCAGUAGCCCAGUGGACAUGCUGGGAAUCGUGUUGGCCAAGAAAUGUCAGGAGCUGGUCAGCGACAUUGAUUACAAGCACCCUCUGCAUCGUUGGACCUGUCUGCCGGACCAGAACGAUGUUGUACAAGCCAGGAAAGUGUACGACCUUCAGAGUGAUAAUGUGUACAAGUCGGACCUUAACUGGCUGAGGGGCAUUGGCUGGUCCCCAAGUGGUUCUCUGGACGAUGAGAAGAAUAAGAGGGCGAGCCUCAUCCUGAGCGACAAGAAGUAUCGGCAACACCCGGACACCAUCAAAUUCACGAGCCUCCCUGACUCGAUGCCCAUGGUUCUGGCGAAGCACAACUCUGAAAUAAUGAACCAACGCUCGUACAUAUCGGCCUGGGAGAAGGACAAAACCAGCGUGCACAUUAUGCCGGAUACGCCUGGCAUUUUGCUAGCCCAGCAGAACAGAGUGAACUUCAGUGAGAAACUGUACAAGCUUGCGAUGGAGGAAGAUAAGAAAAAGGGCUACGACAUGCGGGCAGACGCCAUUCCCAUCAAGUCUGCCAAAGCUUCCAGAGACAUUGCAAGUGAUUACAAGUAUAAGGAAGGCUAUCGCAAGCAGCUUGGCCACCACAUAGGGGCCCGUAACAUAGAGGAUGAUCCAAAGAUGAUGUGGUCGAUGCAUGUAGCCAAGAUCCAGAGCGACAGGGAGUACAAGAAAGCCUUUGAGAAGACAAAGACGCACUUCAGUAGCCCAGUGGACAUGCUGGGAAUCGUGUUGGCCAAGAAAUGUCAGGAGCUGGUCAGCGACAUUGAUUACAAUAUUCAGUACAAAUACAAAGAAGGCUAUCGCAAGCAGCUUGGCCACCACAUAGGGGCCCGUAACAUAGAGGACGAUCCAAAGAUGAUGUGGUCGAUGCACGUAGCCAAGAUCCAGAGCGACAGGGAGUACAAGAAAGCCUUUGAGAAGACAAAGACGCACUUCAGUAGCCCAGUGGACAUGCUGGGAAUCGUGUUGGCCAAGAAAUGUCAGGAGCUGGUCAGCGACAUUGAUUACAAGCACCCUCUGCAUCGUUGGACCUGUCUGCCGGACCAGAACGAUGUUGUACAAGCCAGGAAAGUGUACGACCUUCAGAGUGAUCGCUCGUACAUAUCGGCCUGGGAGAAGGACAAAACCAGCGUGCACAUUAUGCCGGAUACGCCUGGCAUUUUGCUAGCCCAGCAGAACAGAGUGAACUUCAGUGAGAAACUGUACAAGCUUGCGAUGGAGGAAGAUAAGAAAAAGGGCUACGACAUGCGGGCAGACGCCAUUCCCAUCAAGUCUGCCAAAGCUUCCAGAGACAUUGCAAGUGAUUACAAGUAUAAAGAAGGCUAUCGCAAGCAGCUUGGCCACCACAUAGGGGCCCGUAACAUAGAGGACGAUCCAAAGAUGAUGUGGUCGAUGCACGUAGCCAAGAUCCAGAGCGACAGGGAGUACAAGAAAGCCUUUGAGAAGACAAAGACGCACUUCAGUAGCCCAGUGGACAUGCUGGGAAUCGUGUUGGCCAAGAAAUGUCAGGAGCUGGUCAGCGACAUUGAUUACAAGCACCCUCUGCAUCGUUGGACCUGUCUGCCGGACCAGAACGAUGUUGUACAAGCCAGGAAAGUGUACGACCUUCAGAGUGAUGUAAGUUAUUCUUUUCUGUCUGAGUGGUUGCGCGGAGUAAGGAGGAUGCUGAGCUGCUUUCGGAGGGGCUUUGGCUGGUCCCCAAGUGGUUCUCUGGACGAUGAGAAGAAUAAGAGGGCGAGCCUCAUCCUGAGCGACAAGAAGUAUCGGCAACACCCGGACACCAUCAAAUUCACGAGCCUCCCUGACUCGAUGCCCAUGGUUCUGGCGAAGCACAACUCUGAAAUAAUGAACCAACGCUCGUACAUAUCGGCCUGGGAGAAGGACAAAACCAGCGUGCACAUUAUGCCGGAUACGCCUGGCAUUUUGCUAGCCCAGCAGAACAGAGUGAACUUCAGUGAGAAACUGUACAAGCUUGCGAUGGAGGAAGAUAAGAAAAAGGGCUACGACAUGCGGGCAGACGCCAUUCCCAUCAAGUCUGCCAAAGCUUCCAGAGACAUUGCAAGUGAUUACAAGUAUAAGGAAGGCUAUCGCAAGCAGCUUGGCCACCACAUAGGGGCCCGUAACAUAGAGGAUGAUCCAAAGAUGAUGUGGUCGAUGCACGUAGCCAAGAUUCAGAGCGACAGGGAGUACAAGAAAGCCUUUGAGAAGACAAAGACGCACUUCAGUAGCCCAGUGGACAUGCUGGGAAUCGUGUUGGCCAAGAAAGGUCAAGAGUUGGUCAGUGACAUUGAUUACCGCCACUAUCUGCAUGAAUGGACUUGCCUGCCAGACCAGAACGAUGUUAUCCAUGCUAAGAAAGCCUAUGAUCUACAAAGUGAUAACUGCUACAAGUCUGACCUUGAAUGGUUACGAGGCAUUGGUUGGGUCCCAAUUGGUUCUUUGGAUGUUGAAAAAGCCAAGAAGGCGGGAGAGAUCUUGAGUGAUAAAAUAUACCGCCAGCAUCCAGACACAAUCAAGUUCACUAGCGUCACUGAUUCUCUAGAGAUGGUCUUAGCCAAGCAGAAUGCGGAGACGAUGAAUAAGCGUUUAUAUACUGAGGCCUGGGAUAAAGACAAGACACAAAUCCACAUAAUGCCUGACACACCUGAAAUCACACUGGCAAAACAGAACAUGCAAAACUACAGUUUGAAACUCUACAAACAGGCCAUGGAAGAAGCAAAAAAGAAAGGCUAUGAUCUGAGAAGUGAUGCUAUCCCCAUUCAAGCUGCCAAAGCAUCCAGGCAAAUUGCCAGUGAUUACAAAUACAAAGAAGGCUAUCGCAAGCAGCUUGGCCACCACAUAGGGGCCCGUAACAUAGAGGACGAUCCAAAGAUGAUGUGGUCGAUGCACGUAGCCAAGAUCCAGAGCGACAGGGAGUACAAGAAAGCCUUUGAGAAGACAAAGACGCACUUCAGUAGCCCAGUGGACAUGCUGGGAAUCGUGUUGGCCAAGAAAUGUCAGGAGUUGGUCAGCGACGUUGAUUACCGCCACUAUCUGCAUGAAUGGACUUGCCUGCCAGACCAGAACGAUGUUAUCCAUGCUAAGAAAGCCUAUGAUCUACAGAGUGAUAACUGCUACAAGUCUGACCUUGAAUGGUUACGAGGCAUUGGUUGGGUCCCAAUUGGUUCUUUGGAUGUUGAAAAAGCCAAGAAGGCGGGAGAGAUCUUGAGUGAUAAAAUAUACCGCCAGCAUCCAGACACAAUCAAGUUCACUAGUGUCACUGAUUCUCUAGAGAUGGUCUUAGCCAAGCAGAAUGCGGAGACGAUGAAUAAGCGUUUAUACACUGAAGCAUGGAAUAAAGAUAAGACCAUGGUGCAUGUCAUGCCUGACACACCAGACAUCCUGCUAGCUAAACAAAACCAACUAAACUACAGUCAAAAAAUGUACAGACUAGCUUUGGAAGAAUCGAAGAAGAAGGGUCACGAUUUGCGGUUUGAUGCCAUUCCUAUUCAGGCUGCCAGAGCAUCCAGAGAGAUUGCCAGUGAUUACAAAUACAAAGAAGGCUAUCGCAAGCAGCUUGGCCACCACAUAGGGGCCCGUAACAUAGAGGACGAUCCAAAGAUGAUGUGGUCGAUGCACGUAGCCAAGAUCCAGAGCGACAGGGAGUACAAGAAAGCCUUUGAGAAGACAAAGACGCACUUCAGUAGCCCAGUGGACAUGCUGGGAAUCGUGUUGGCCAAGAAAUGUCAGGAGUUGGUCAGCGACGUUGAUUACCGCCAUUAUCUGCAUCAGUGGAUCUGCCUGCCAGACCAGUACGAUGUUAUCCAUGCUAAGAAAGCCUAUGAUCUACAGAGUGAUGCUGUUUACAAAUCAGACCUGGAAUGGCUAAGAGGUAUUGGAUGGGUCCCUAUUGGUUCCGUGGAAGUUGAGAAAGCCAAGAAAGCUGGAGAAAUCCUGAGUGAAAGGAAGUAUCGUCAACCGGCGGACCAAAUUAAAUUUACUAGUGUGACAGAUUCUCUGGCCAUGGUCUUAGCCAAGCAAAACGCUGAGAUAAUGAACAAGCGUUUAUACACAGAAGCCUGGGAUGCAGACAAAACAUCAAUUCACGUCAUGCCUGACACACCGACAAUUUUGUUAGCGAAGGCCAAUGCAGCUAAUGUCAGCCAUAAACUUUACAUACAAGCCUGGGAAGAGGCCAAAAAGAAAGGUUAUGACAUGAGAGCUGAUGCAAUUCCAAUCCGAAGUGCAAAGGCAUCAAGAGAUAUCGCGAGUGACUACAAGUACAAAGAAACGCACGAGAAGCAGAAAGGCCACUACAUUGGGUGCCGAACUGCCAAGGAGGAUCCCAAGCUGAUGUGCGCCGCGCGUGCCAUGUUGCUGCAGAACGACCGGCUUUACAGGAAGGCGUACCACGAUUCAAAGGCCCAGGUCCACAUCCCAGUGGACGCGAUGUCAGUGCAGGCAGCCAAGGAGUGUCAGUCCCUAGUCAGUGAUGUUGACUACCGGCACUACCUUCACCAGUGGACCUGUCUGCCCGACCAGAAUGAUGUGAUCCAUGCAAGGAAGGCCUACGACCUGCAGAGUGAUAAUGUCUACAAGUCAGACCUGGAAUGGUUGAGGGGUGUUGGCUGGGUGACAGAAGGUUCUGUGGAUGUGGUCAAAGCCAAGAAAGCCCAGGAACUCCUGAAUGAGAGGUUGUACCGGACGCGGCCGGAGGAGAUGAAAUUCACCAGCAUUACUGACACGCCAGACGUUGUCCAGGCUAAGAUCAAUGCUUUGCAGAUCAGUGAUCGCCUGUACCAUGAAGCCUGGGAUAGAGACAAGACGCAGAUUUCCAUACCUUCUGAUACUCCUGUAAUGCUGCAGUCCAAAGUCAAUGCUCUCAACGUCAGCAACAAACACUAUCAGAAGGCCUGGGAUGAGGCCAAGGCGAAAAGCUAUGACCUAAGAGCUGAUGCCAUUCCCAUCAAGCACGCCAAGGCUUCCAGAGACAUUGCUAGUGAGUACAAGUACAAAGAAACGCACGAGAAGCAGAAAGGCCACUACAUUGGGUGCCGAACUGCCAAGGAGGAUCCCAAGCUGAUGUGCGCCGCGCGUGCCAUGUUGCUGCAGAACGACCGGCUUUACAGGAAGGCGUACCACGAUUCAAAGGCCCAGAAUGUCUACAAGUCAGACCUGGAAUGGUUGAGGGGUGUUGGCUGGUUGACAGAAGGUUCUGUGGAUGUGGUCAAAGCCAAGAAAGCCCAGGAACUCCUGAAUGAGAGGUUGUACCGGACGCGGCCGGAGGAGAUGAAAUUCACCAGCAUUACUGACACGCCAGACGUUGUCCAGGCUAAGAUCAAUGCUUUGCAGAUCAGUGAUCGCCUGUACCAUGAAGCCUGGGACAGAGACAAGACGCAGAUUUCCAUACCUUCUGAUACUCCUGUAAUGCUGCAGUCCAAAGUCAAUGCUCUCAACGUCAGCAACAAACACUAUCAGAAGGCCUGGGAUGAGGCCAAGGCGAAAAGCUAUGACCUAAGAGCUGAUGCCAUUCCCAUCAAGCACGCCAAGGCUUCCAGAGACAUUGCUAGUGAGUACAAGUACAAAGAAACGCAUGAGAAGCAGAAAGGCCACUACAUUGGGUGCCGAACUGCCAAGGAGGAUCCCAAGCUGAUGUGCGCCGCGCGUGCCAUGUUGCUGCAGAACGACCGGCUUUACAGGAAGGCGUACCACGAUUCAAAGGCCCAGGUCCACAUCCCAGUGGACGCGAUGUCAGUGCAGGCAGCCAAGGAGUGUCAGUCCCUAGUCAGUGAUGUUGACUACCGGCACUACCUUCACCAGUGGACCUGUCUGCCCGACCAGAAUGAUGUGAUCCAUGCAAGGAAGGCCUACGACCUGCAGAGUGAUGCUGUGUAUAAGUCAGACCUGGAAUGGCUCCGUGGAAUUGGCUGGCUGCCUAAUGACUCUCCGGAUGUUAAGAGAGUGAAGCAUGCCCAGGAUCUCCUGAGUGAUAACGUGUAUCGUACACCUAUCGAAAGCCUGAAAUACACCAGUGUUGUUGAUUCUCCAGACAUCUGUCUAGCUAAAGUGAAUGCCGAACAAGUCAGCAUUCCAAAAUACAAAGAAGCCUGGGAAAAGGACAAGACUAUGAUCCAUAUUAUGGCAGACACACCUGAAAUCAACCUAGCCAAGGCUAAUGCUGCUAAUUAUAGCCAGAAACUGUAUAAAGAAGCUUGGGAUGAGGUGAAGAUAAGUUAUGAUUUGAGAGCAGAUGCAAUCCCAAUCAAGGCAGCCAAAGCUUCUAGAGAAAUUGCUAGUGAUUAUAAAUACAAACUGGAACAUGAGAAGCAGAAGGGGCAUUAUGUUGGAGUUCCAAAUGCAAAAGCAGAUACGAAAAUGCAGUUUGCUCUCGGCAUAGGCAAAGUUCAGAGUGAACUAGAAUACAAGAAACACUUUGCCAAAUGGAAGACACAAUGCCAUCUACCAGUGGACAUGCUGUCUAUCCUGUCAGCUAAACAUGGUCAGUCUUUGGUCAGUGAUGUUGAUUACCGUCAUUACUUGCACCAAUGGAUCUGUCUUCCAGAUCAGAAUGAUGUCAUACAGGCUAGGAAAGCCUACGAUCUUCAGAGUGAUGCUAUUUACAAAUCUGAUUUGGAAUGGCUACGGGGAAUUGGAUGGUUGCCAAAUGAUUCAGUUGGAAUCAACCAUGUCAAACAUGCUGGAGACCUCCUGAAUGAGAGAAAGUACCGUACAAAAGCCGAAACUCUUCCAUUUACUCCAGUAGCAGACAGAGUCGAUUAUGUCACAGCAAAGAAGAGUGGUGAAAUUCGCAGUGAUAUUAAAUACCACGAAGCAUGGAAUGAGGUCAAGUCAAAUUAUACUCUAACAGAUACACCACAGCUAGAUAUGGCCCGAGAGGCAGCCAGAAUUCUUAAUCAGAAUUUAUACAAGGAAAGUUGGGAGAAAGAAAAAGCCACUGGUUACCUCUUACCUCCCGACACUGUGCAGAUCUGUCAUGCCAAACGCUCAAAUGAUGUCCAAAGUGAGCUUAAAUACAAAGCUGACUAUGUCAAACAAAGAGGUCACUAUGUUGGAGUUCCCAGUAUGAGAGAUGAUCCAAAACUGGUGUGGUUUGAGCAUGCAGGCGAGAUCCAGAAUGACAGAUUGUACAAAUCAGACUAUCACAAAACAAAGUCCAAAAUUCACAUCCCUCCGGAUAUGAUGUCAGUUAUGGCAGCAAAGGAAUGUCAGACCUUGGUCAGUGAUAUUGACUACCGCCAAUACCUGCACGAAUGGACAUGCCAUCCUGACCAGAAUGACUGUAUUCAGGCAAGGAAGGCCUACGAUCUGCAAAGUGAUAAUAUUUAUAAAUCUGAUUUGGAAUGGCUUCGUGGCUGUGGUUGGAUUCCUCUGGAUUCAGUGGAACAUAAGAAAGUUAAGAAUGCGCAAGAACUGAUAAAUAAGAGAGCGUAUACGAAGGAAGCCCUUGAUAACUUUUCCAAUUAUACCAGUGUGGUUGACACUCCUGACAUUGUUUUGGCAAAGAUGAACUCUGUCAAUCAGAGCGAUCUAAAAUACAAAGAAACGUUUAACCUUGAGAAAGGCCAGUAUAUCGGGUCUGAUGAUACUCCUGCACUGAACCAUGCCAAAGACAUGGCCUUACUCUACAGCGAUAAACUUUAUAAAAAAGCUUGGGAAAUCAGCAAGCCCAUUGGGUAUACUUUGGAUGAGAAAUAUAUUCCACUUGUUGGGGCAAAGCGCGCAAACUAUGUAAAUAGUGAGCUUAAAUAUAAGGAAAUAUAUGAGAAGCUGAAAGGCCAUUACCUGGCUGGGAAGGAGAUUGGUGAUUUCCCCAGUGUCGUUCAUUCGCUAGCAUUCCAGAAAAUAAGGAGCGCGCUGGCAUACAGAAAGAAUUAUGAAGACACCAAAGCAAAUGUCCAUAUUCCAAGUGACAUGAUGAAUCAUGUGCUAGCCAAGAAGUGCCAGUACAUCCUCAGUGAUCUCGAAUACCGAACUUACUUCCAUCAGUGGAAUUGUUCACCUGAAGAAAAUGAUGUUGUUCAAGCCAGAAAAGCCCAGGAAAUUCUGAGUGAUGUGGUGUAUAAAGAUGACUUAAAUUGGCUGAAGGGACUUGGAUGUUAUGUCUGGGAUACUCCACAAAUCCUGCAUGCUAAAAAAUCAUAUGACCUCCAGAGCCAAAUAAAAUAUACAGCUGCAGGAAAAGAGAAUUUUCAGAACUUUGGUGUUGUUACUGACACACCUCUCUACGUGACUGCCGUGCAGAGUGGUGCAAAUGCCAGUGACGUGAAAUACAAGCAAGAUUACCACAAAACUAAGGACAAGUAUACAACUGUGACUGAAACAGUGGAUUCUGAAAGAGUUCAAAAUUUGAAACAUCUCUUUAGCAAUAAUCUCUACAAGGAAGCCUGGGAAAAAGUGAAAGCUACUGGCUAUAUAUUGCCCUCUGAUGCUGUAUCCCUAGCACGUGCAAAAGAACUGAAGCAUAAUGCUAGUAUUGUAAAAUACCGAGAAGAAUAUGACAAGUUUAAAGCACUGUACACACUACCCAGAGGUGUUGAGGAUGACCCCAAUACAGCAAGGUGCCUUAGAGUUGGAAAGCUUAAUAUUGAUCGUCUGUACAAGGAAGUCUAUGAAAAGAAUAAAGCCAAAGUCCACAUUAUUCCAGACAUGGUAGACAUAAUUUCUGCUAAGGAUGCACAGAAGAAAAUCAGUGAAAUUGAUUACCGCACACAUCUCCACGAAUGGAUCUGUCUACCAGAUCUUCAAAUCAAUGCUCAUGUUCGAAAAGUAACGGAUCAACUUAGUGAUGUGGUAUACAAGGAUGAUCUUAACUGGCUGAAAGGCAUUGGCUGCUUUGUUUGGGACACUCCUGAAAUUCUCCACGCCAAACAUGCCUACGAUCUUCGCAGUGAUAUUAAGUAUAAAUCUAAGGCAGAAAAAAUGAAGAAUGACUACACUGUGGUCAUGGACACUCCUGUCUAUGUCCAGAAUGUCCUCAGUGGCUUGAAUUUAAGUGAAGCUGUCUAUCGUGGUGAAUAUAUGCACAAUGUUAAAGGAAAAAUGAUUCCUACUGAUAAAACAGUAGAUUUGGAGCGGGCAUAUCAUGCAAACAAAAUACAGAGUGAAAAUUUGUAUCGCUGGGCUGGUGUGAAUGCUCUGCCUACUGGAUACAGCCUCCCCACAGAUACCCCCAGCUUUCAGCACGCUAAACAUGUCCAGUACAUUGGCAGUGAUCUGAAAUAUAAAGAAGCCUAUGAACACAUGAAGGCUAAAGGCUAUACUCUGGGACCUAAAGAUGUUGGGUUUGAAAAUGUGAAGAAAGUGAAUCAAGUCAUUAAUGAGAGGUUGUAUCGGGCAACAUACCACAAGUACAAGGACAAGAUUCAUACCACUCCAGACACACCAGAAAUCCGUCAAGUCAAAGCAACACAGGAAGCUGUCAGUGAUCUGAUCUACAAGUCAGAUUUCUUUAAGAUGCAGGGACACUUGAUUUCCUUGCCAUACACUCCCCAGGUGUUGCACUGCCGCUAUGUUGGGGACAUCACAAGCGAUAAUAAAUACAAAGGGGAUCUGAAGUGGUUGAAGGGCUUGGGUUGUUUCCUGUAUGAUACUCCUGAUAUGGUCCGUGCUCGUCACCUGCGUAAGCUUUGGUCUAAUUAUAUAUACACUGAUACUGCAAAGAAGAUGUGGGCUAAAUACAACGUGGUAUUGGAUACUCCUGGGUACAGAGCGGGUCAGGAACUAAAAACCCAUUUGAGUGAACUGGUUUACAGAGCUGCAGGCAAGGAGCUGAAGACAAAAUACACUUCCAUCCUUGAUACACCUGACUUCUUAAGAGCCAAGCAAGGACAAAAAAUACAGAGCCAGUACUUGUAUGUGGAACUGGCCACAAAAGAGAGACCCCAUCAUCAUGCUGGUGGUCAGACUCCAGCCUUUACACAUGCUAGGCAUGUAAAGGACAUGGUCAGUGAGAAAAAGUAUAAAACCCAGUAUGAGAAGAUGAAGGACAAAUACACGCCUGUCCCUGACACACCGAUCUUGAUCAGAGCCAAGAGAGCAUACCUGAACGCCAGUGAUUUGCGCUACAAAGAAACCUUUGAGAAUACCAAGGGCAAAUACCACACAGUGAAAGAUGCUUUGGAUAUUGUCUAUCAUCGAAAGGUCACCGAUGAUAUUAGCAGUGUGAAAUAUAAGGAAAAUUAUAUGAGCCAGUUAGGAAUCUGGAGAUCAAUCCCAGACCGUCCAGAGCAUUUCCAUCAUCGCGCAGUCACGGAUGCUGUUAGUGAUGUUAAAUACAAGGAAGACUUAUCAUGGCUCAGGGGCAUUGGCUGUUAUGCAUGGGAUACUCCAGGUUUUGCUCUGGCAGAGAAGAAUAAGGUGCUCUACAGUGGGUGUAAGUACAAGGAGAUAUUUGAGAAGACUAAGUCUCAUUUUAAGUAUGUAGCUGACUCUCCAAUUAACAUGCAUUUUAAAUACGCAACUCAGUUGAUGGAUGGGAAGUUAUAUAAAGCUGCCUAUGAGAAGCUCAAAGAUAGGUACAGCGUUAUUGUGGAUGAUCCUAGGAACCUCCUGGCCAAGUGGGGGACUACACUGAGCAGUCAGAAAAAAUAUAAAUCGUUUGCCAAGAUGCUCCUGCAGCAUGGAUGUAAUGAAAUUCUGAGGCCAGAAAUGCUGACAGCACUCUACAACACAUACUUAUGGAGCCAGGUUGAAUACAAAAAGGAAUAUGAAAAGAAGAAAGACAAGUAUACCACGAUUGUGGAUACUCCAGAACACUUAAGGACUACAAAAGUCAACAAACAGAUUAGUGAUAUUAUUUACAAAUUGGAAUAUAACAAAGCGAAGCCUAAAGGCUAUACUACAAUCCAUGAUACACCUAUGUUGUUGCAUGUGCGCAAGGUCAAGGACAGAAUAAGCGAUCUGAAAUACAAAGAAGUGUAUGAGAGGAAUAAAUCUCACUGCAACGUCGUAGCAGAUUCUGUUCACAUUAAGACUCCAAGGCAUGCUUACAAGCUAAACAGCAAUCUGGAUUAUAAGAAGAAAUAUGAAGCAGCCAAGGCUCAUUGGCACUGGAUUGCUGAUAGGCCUGACUUUGUUCAAGCAGCCAAGUCGUCUCUGCAACAGAGUGAUUAUGAAUACAAACUGGACCGGGAAUUCCUAAAGGGAUGCAAACUCUCUGUCACGGAUGAUAAAAACACAGUAUUAGCCUUAAAUAAUGCCAUCUUGGCGAGUGAUAUAAAAUACAAAGAGAAGCAUAACAAAGCUCGAGGAACGUGCCUUGUUGUUCCAGAUACACCUCAGAUCCUCCUGGCUAAGAAUGUCAGCUCUCUUGUGUCUGAGAACAAAUACAAAGAAUACAGCAAGAAGCAGCUUCCACAUGGGUCUUACACAACCCUGCCAGAGACACGAGACACUGCUCAUGUGAAAGAGGUGACCAAGCAUGUCAGUGAGACAAACUAUAAAAAGAACUUCGUGAAGGAGAAAGGCAAAUCUAAUUAUUCUGUCAUGCUGGAGCCUCCCGAAGUGAAACAUGCCAUGGAAGUUGCUAAAAAACAGAGUACAAUUGAAUACAAGAAAGAUGCCAAGUCAAAGCUCCACUACACACCUAUAGCAGAUCGACCAGAUAUUAAGAAAGCAACUCAGGCUGCCAAGUUAAUUAGUGAUAUUGAAUAUAAAAAGCGUGGAGAAGCUGGCAUUGGCGUAACCAUGCUGGGACGUCCAGAUAUUGAACUGGCAAAGGAGGUGUCCAAGCUAACUAGCCAGGUGAAAUACAAGGAGAAUUUUUCCAAAGAGAUGGGUAAAAAGCCAAAGUAUGAUUUAAAGGAGGCUAAAAUCUACAAGACCAUGAAAGAUGCUCACAACAUGGCUAGUGAGGUGAAAUACAAGGCGGAUUUAAAGAAACUUCAUAAGCCUGUCACCGACAUGUCUGAAUCGCUGAUCAUGAACCAUGUCCUGAGUACAAGCCAACUCGCCAGUGCUUACCAGUACAAGAAGCAAUAUGAGAAGAGUAAGGGUCACUACCAUGUGGUGCCAGAUAAUCUUGAGCAGGUUCAUCUAAGGGAGGCAUCAGAACUACAGAGCCACGUGAAAUACAGAGAAAAGUAUGAGAAGGAAAAAGGAAAACCUAUGUUGGACUUUGAAACUCCAACAUACCUUACUGCAAAGGAGUCUCAGCUCAUGCAGAGUGAGAAAGAAUAUAAGAAGGACUUUGAAGAGUCCAUUAAGGGCAGAAACCUUACUGGCUUGGAGAUUACACCAUCCUUAUUACAUGUCAAAUAUGCAACCAAAAUAGCAAGCGAGAAAGAGUACAGGAAGGAUCUGGAGGAAGGUGUCAAAGGUAAAGGACUAACAGCUUUAGAGGAGACUCCAGACAUGUUAAGAGCGAAGAAUGCAACUCAAAUCCUGAACGAGAAAGAGUACAAAAAAGCCUUGGAAUUAGAAAUCAAAGGAAAAGGUCUGACAGAGCUGGCUUUGGAGACACCAGAUUUUGUGAGAGCAAAGAAUGCCACUGACAUUGCCAGCCAGAUCAAAUACAAACAAUUGGCAGAAAUGGAGAAAGCCAACUACACCAGUGUUGUCGAUACUCCGGAGAUUAUUCAUGCCCAGCAAGUCAAGAACCUUUCAAGCCAGAAAAAGUAUAAGGAAGAUGCAGAAAGGACCAUGCCAUACUACGUGCCUGUAACAGAUACACCAGAAAUGCAGAGAGUCCGUGAGAAUCAAAAGAAUUUUAGCACUCUUCAGUAUCAGUGGGACCUACAGAACAGUAAAGGAAAAGUUACAGUUGUACAAGACACACCAGAAAUGCUGCGUGUGAAAGAAAACCAGAAGAAUUUCAGCUCGAUUUUAUAUAAAGAAGAUAUUGGAACUGGAACUACUAUUGAAAAGACACCAGAGAUGCAGAGAGUUAAACGAACCCAGGAUGCAAUUAGCUCGAUUAAGUACAAGGAAAGCAUUGGAAAAGGAACUCCAAUUCCUGAUCUCCCAGAAGUGAAGCGUGUCAAGGAGACACAGAAGCACAUCAGUUCGGUGUUGUACAAAGAGGACCUAGGGACAGGUAUCCCAACGCCUGUCACUCCAGAAAUAGAGAGAGUCAAACGCAAUCAAGAACACAUUAGCUCGGUGUUAUACAAAGAGGGCUUAGGGACUGGCACCCCAACACCGGUUACUCCAGAGAUGGAGAGAGUCAAACGCAAUCAAGAGAACAUUAGCUCGGUGGUGUACAAAGAGGGGCUGGGGAUUGGAACCCCAGUACCUGUAACUCCUGAGAUGGAGAGGGUCAAACGCAAUCAAGAAAACUUUAGCUCGGUGUUGUACAAAGAGGAGCUGGGGACAGGAACCCCAACGCCUGUCACUCCCGAGAUUGAAAGAGUCAAACGCAAUCAAGAAAACUUUAGCUCGGUGUUGUACAAAGAGGAUCUGGGGACAGGAACCCCAAUACCUGUCACUCCUGAGGUUGAGAGAGUCAAACGCAAUCAAGAACACAUUAGCUCGGUGUUGUACAAAGAGAGCGUGGGGACUGGAACCCCCACCCCCAUCACUCCAGAGAUGGAGAGGGUCAAACGCAAUCAAGAAAUCUGUAGCUCGGUGUUGUAUAAAGAAAACGUAGGNNAAGCAACCCCAACACCCGUCACUCCUGAGAUGGAGAGAGUCAAACGCAAUCAAGAAAUCAUUAGCUCGGUUUUGUACAAAGAAAAUGUGGGGAAAGUGACCCCCACACCGGUCACUCCAGAGAUGGAGAGAGCCAAACGCAAUCAAGAAAUCAUUAGCUCGGUGUUGUACAAAGAAAACUUGGGGCGAGCGACCCCCACACCUAUCACUCCAGAGAUGGAGAGAGUCAAACGCAAUCAAGAACAGAUUAGCUCGGUUGUAUACAAAGAAGGCUUAGGGAAGGCAACCCCCACACCGGUCACUCCGGAGAUGGAGAGAGUCAAACGCAAUCAAGAACAGAUUAGCUCGGUUUUGUACAAGGAACAUCUGGCAAAAGGAACUCCAACACCGAUGACUCCAGAGAUGGAGCGAGCUAAACGCAAUCAGGAAAACAUCAGCUCGGUUCUUUAUUCAGACAGUUUCCGAAAACAAGUACAAGGCAAAGCUGCGUAUGUACUGGAUACACCCGAAAUGCGGCGUGUACGAGAGACCCAGAAACAUAUCUCUACCGUAAAAUACCAUGAAGACUUUGAGAAAAGCAAGGGUAGCUUCACACCUGUAGUUACCGACCCCAUUACGGAACGCGUGAAGAAGAACAUGCAGGACUUCAGUGACAUUAGCUACAGGGGCAUUCAAAGGCGAGUGGUACAGAUGGAGCGAAAGCGCGUGGACCAGGAUCAAGAGAACCUCACAGGUCUUCGUGUGUGGCGCACUAAUCCCGGCUCAGUCUUUGACUACGACCCAGCAGAAGACAACAUUCAGUCCCGAAGCUUACACAUGAUCUCCGUCCAAGCCCAGCGCCGCAGCCGGGAGCACUCCCGCUCCGCCAGUGCCUUGAGCCUCAGCGGUGGCGAUGAAAAAUCCGAACCCUCGGAUGGCGCGGAUCAGCAUUUGUCCUACUACAGCAACGGCGGCUUCUUCACCACCAGCACAACAGUGGGCUACAAACACGCUAAAACCGUAGAGUUACCACAGCAACGGUCGUCGUCAGUCGCCACCCAGCAAACCACAGUAUCGUCGGUGCCUUCUCACCCAUCCACCGCUGGCAAGACCUACCGGGCCAUGUACGACUACCUGGCCGCCGACGCCGAUGAGGUUUCCUUCAAAGACGGUGACACAAUUGUGAACGUACAGGCGAUCGAUGAGGGCUGGAUGUACGGGACUGUCCAGAGAACCGGCAAGACGGGCAUGCUGCCCGCCAACUACGUGGAAGCUGUCUAACCCGCGGCGCCUCCCUCUCUCCGUGAAGCGCAUCCGAGUGUAAGCCUCGGAAAAGGCUUUGUAAGGCUUUUCCCAAAGUGCCCCAUCUUCCAUGUUGAUAGUGCCCUAGGAACCGGGAGGU